AAUUGAGUUUUCGUUUGGGAAAGGUUGGGAGGAGGGUCGAUGCCGGGAGCCAUUUAUAGACAUAAAGAGAAGGGAAAGAGAAAGAGCAUAAUAAACUUGACAUAUCCUUUUUAGUUUGUACAAACGUACGAGUACAACCAGGAGUGCACGAACAGAAAAACGCAAAAUUAUAGCACCACGUUUUGGAAAGGAUACCAACACUGAGGAAAACCAGACACAUGCCAUUGCUAUAAAUAACAGUACAUAACACAGUGUGCAAUGGCUCCGUCACUCUCGCAGGCCUACAGGAGGCGCUGGUGGAUGGCUGUCACGUCAAUCAUAGAAAACCUGCUCUUCUCUGCCGUGUUGUUGGGUUGGGGUUCCCUUCUUAUCAUGCUGAAGAACGAGGGCUUCUACUCACACCUGUGUUCAGAAAAUGCCACAGAGAGUCACACUAACGCGAGUUUGACGGAGCGGCCGAUUUGGCUGAGCUGUAUUGAACAGGAGGAGAUUCUGAAUCUGGGCUUUACGAUUGGCUCGUUCAUCAUCAGCGCAGCCACUCUGCCACUAGGUGUCCUGAUGGACAAAUUCGGGCCACGUCCAAUCAGAUUGUUUGGCAGUUCAUGUUUUGCAUUCUCCAUGGCUUUGAUUGCAGUCGCAUCUUAUGAUCCAAAAGUGUUAUCAGCUCUCAUAUUUCUUGCUGUCUCCAUGAAUGGGUUUGGAGGAAUCUGUCUAACCUUCACGUCACUAACAUUGCCGAAUAUGUUUGGAAAUGUGCGCUCUACGAUUCUUUCUCUCAUGAUUGGCUCCUAUGCCUCCUCUGCUGUCACCUUCCCAGGAGUCAAGCUGAUCUAUGAUGUGGGCGUAUCGUUUUCUGUGAUCUUCUGGAUGUGGGCAGGGUUCGCCUGCUUCGUCUUCCUCAACUGCUUUAUUAAUUGGCCGGGAGAAUCUUUUCCUGCCCCUGAGGACAUCAGAUUCAAUACAAUGGUGAAGUUGAGUGGUAAGGUAGUGGACGAUGAGAUGACCGACACUGAUGUGAGUCUUAAAGAGCGAGAGGUGACCAAAAAACAACCUUCUACUGAUGAAGCACCCAGCGAUGGGACAGUAGCAGGGAACCAGGCAGGAUCCCCUCCCUUUCGCCGCUCUGUGUGCUCACCGAUUUUCCUGUGGAGUAUCAUCACGAUGGCGAUGACCCAGCUCCGUGUCAUUUUUUUCAUGGGUGCCAUGAAUAAGAUGUUGGAGUUCCUGGUUACCCAUGGUGACCCUAACCCCUCAGAGGAGUUGGAGAAGGUGGCAGAGGACCAAGUGAGUCUCUACUCGUCCAUCUUUGGCACUCUUCAGCUGCUCUGCCUGAUGUCCUGUCCUCUGAUUGGCUACAUCAUGGACUGGAGAAUGAAGGAGUGUGAGGACGUGGUGAAUUCAGCUGAGGGAGAAAAAAGUCCAUCUGGGCCUCCAAAGAGGGACAGAAAGAUCCAAAAACUCACUAACGCCAUCAGAGCUUUCAUCUUUACUAAUAUACUGCUAGUCAUCUUUGGCAUCAUCUCCCUCAUAGACAAUCUACCCAUACAGGUGGUGUCUUUUAUUCUUCACACUGCAGUUCGAGGUUUUAUUCACUCCUGCUGUGGUGGGCUCUAUGCUGCUGUCUUCCCAACCAAUCACUUUGGCACUCUGACGGGCAUGCAGUCCAUGGUUAGUGCUGUGUUUGCACUCCUGCAACAACCACUCUUCAUGUGGAUGGUGGGACCAUUGAAGGGCGAUCCUUACUGGAUCAACUUGGGUCUGCUUCUGUUCUCAUUGGUUGGAUUCUUGCUGCCAGGAUACCUCUUCUACCAUCGGAGACAACUUAUAAAGGAGAAGGCAGCGCGCGAUAGUCUAUCACUGGCGCAGGAGAGCGUCAGCCUCAACCAAACAACCGAGUCUUCAAAAUACCAAACCAACGGGAACGUCUGAGCUGGAAAACAUUUAUUAGUGAGAUGUAUGUGAAUUAUAUAUAGACCUAAAUUAUGACAGUUAUUGUUCCAUUGCUUUUCAGAAACUGAAUUAUUAGGCUUCCUGUUCAGUCACUGUAGUGACCUGACAAAUAUCAAACUGAAAAAAAAAAAUCAAGUGAAAGUGCAAUUUAAAGUAUCAGCCAAGGCUUUGACUGUGUGACUGGGCAGGAUGUAUUUUCAAGGCUUUUAUUAUUACCUGCUCUACGUUGUUGACUUGUGGAGCAAAUUGACAGACAAAAUGAAAGGAUGCCACACUUAGCAUUUUGUUAGUUAACCUUAAAAGACUUAAAAGUCUCACCAUCACAACGACAUUUACAGUAUUUUCGUGGUUGCACCAAACAUAAAAACAUUAUGCUAGCGCCUAAAAUAUGUUGUUUGGCUGCGGAAACACUGUUUUGUCCGUUAUUACAUUGACACUUUGAAAUGUCCAGGAAAAUGGUUGUAAAACAACAAGGAGGGGUUAAAUGUCGACAGUAUGAAAUCUAAAUCUACUUUUUAAUAUUUGUUCGCAGUGUUAUUGUGCAUAAUUUAUCAGUGCAUGUUAUACCAAAGACAAUCAUUUAGUGUUUAUUCUUUCAGAAAAACUUGAUCCAACUUACUGAGAUAGUUUCAGAAGGAAACGUGACCUCCAUGUCUCAUUCAAGAAGCCUCUGUCAGAGGUUUCACAAUUGACCGUAAACUCGUAUUCUACCAUGAUAUGUUCAUCAUUAUGUAUGUGCGGGUCACAGACAUAUUCAAAUUCACUAGUAUGAAUAGUCACUAUUUUUAAAUAAUGUGUCAUUUAGUGGAAUUUUGCUGUAUGGGUAAAACUAAUGUCCCAUUAUGACUCAGGGCAGGUAAACGAGGCAGGGUUUCAUGUAACGCUCACUUUACCAUGACAUGGAUCAUUUUCAUUUUAAACCUUAGGUCUGGAGUAGAUCUUUUCAUUGUCAAUAACUUUUUGUCACAUCCCACUCUCACUAAACCUGAUGGACAUUCAGCUUUAUGUGACAACUGGUAAAUACAAAGUAGUGUUUUUAUUGCAGAUGCCGGUAUUGCACUAUAUUUUUUUUGUUUCAAAAGUACUGUUCUGUAUGUUACAGAGCUGUGAUCAUGUGCUCAAAAGUUUCAAUGAUUCUAGUGAUUUUUUUCAACAUAAUGGUGCUUGCAUUGUGCUCGUGACUGUAAAUAUGCCUGAAGGGGGGGAAAAAUCUAAUAAAUACAAAGAUUUUGUCACAAAAACCACCC